AAUACUUCUUAACUGACAAUUUAAUGGCGGUCCUGACGUAAGAAGUAUAGAAUUGGUAUACUGUCGCGACUUUCAACAUUUAGUCGUUUUGUAAAAUGAACAGUUUAUUGAUACCCGUGUAAAAAUGGUUAGGAAACGUUCUAAUGUAGAUACAGAGUCAAAAAUGCCAGUAAAGAAUUCUCAUAAGGAUAAAUCAGAAGUCUCAAGGGACGUUGAAAGCCUCAGUCUGUCGGACAAAGACAACUCCGAUUUCUCUGCCAAAGGGACUAAACUGUACAGCAGAGAGCUUAGAAAUCGGUUUGUGAUCGCAAGCAAAAAGAGGAGCUUGAGAUUUACAAAUGAAGUCAACCCAGGACGUCACAUGCGUAGCUGUCGAAUGGCAAUUACAAAUCGCCAGCAUUACACGCUAAGCCAAUCAGAUGAUGAUGAUGACCAUAUUUUUGCUGCUCGCUCUUCCCGAAGACUGCGUCACCCAAAGAGAAGAUUGAGUUCCCCUGAGCCACCCGCAGAAAGUGAGAUGCACACUCCGGCACCCAAGAGGGUCCGAAGCAGCUCAACAGUCAACGGGCAUUCUUCCAAAAGUCCACCUGAUGAGGAGGAGGUGCCCGAAGAAGACGCAGCUGGUAUCCGGCGAAGUACCAGACAAAGGAAGCUCAAGUAUGAGAACUACAGUGACAGUUGGAUAGUCGGGGCUCAGACUCUCCGAGGAUAUCCUCAGAACAACUACGAUGAAGACUUGCGGGAAGUCUACCGAAGCACGCCGUACCCGACUAGGCAACUAAAGAAAAUAAAAUGUGAACAAGUAGAAGGAGAUGAGGAAGAAGAAGAAGAAGAAGAAGAAGACAUGAAAGCAGCCGGAGAGGACACGGAAGAAGGUGAUACAGAAGAUGGAGGCAACGCUGCUCGUAAUAUGGUCGCCGAAAGAAAAAGUGAACGACGAAGAAACUGCAACAAAGCUGUAGAACAAGAUGGGGAAGAAGAGCAGCAACACGAUGGGGAACAGAAUGACGUCGGAAUAGAGGAAAUGGACAUGUACUCGCGAGUGAAGAGGAAGAGGACCCGAAGGUCCAUCUACGAUAGCACCUUACUCAACCGCCGGAGAAAUGAGGAAAGGAAGUGUAUUCAGAGACAAGACAAUUCAACCGAGGAAUCAGAUACUUCAUCGGAAGACGAGCCGCCUUCACGGGGCAGAAAUCGGGAAAGAGUUCAGAAGCGGAAAUAUCAUCUACGUGAGACCAAGCCCACCGUCAAACGCUUUCAGAUAACCCAUGUUGAGGAGCCGAGACGAAAGUCAUCACGUACCAUCCGUGCAGUUCUUUGCGAGACAAUGAGACGACGACAUCGUCGCUCCUCCUCAACAUCAUCUUCCUCCAGCGAUGACCGAGGUCGUUUUGACCGCAAGAAGCCCAAGAGUAGUAAAUCUCGUUCACGGUUGUUGGCUGGAGCGGAGGCAGAUGCUAAGAGGGGAAAGCCUGAAGCGAGCGGUAGACUUGCUGAUGUAGAUCCUGUUUCCCUUGACACUUCUAUCCGAUUCUCUCACGUUGGCGGGUUGGAGGAGCAUGUUCGCUGUCUUCAAGAAAUGGUUGUCUUUCCAAUGUUGUACGCAGAGAUAUUCCAGAAGUACCACGUUACACCGCCGAAAGGUGUCCUCUUUCAUGGACCUCCAGGUACGGGUAAGACACUGAUAGCUAGAGCCCUUGCCAAUGAGUGCAGUCUGGGAGAUCGCAAAGUAACGUUCUUCAUGCGCAAAGGAGCCGACUGUCUGAGCAAGUGGGUGGGGGAGUCCGAACGACAGCUCAGGCUAUUGUUUGAAGAGGCUCAUCAAGCGAAGCCUUCAAUCAUCUUCUUUGACGAGAUUGAUGGUCUGGCUCCAGUGAGGUCAGCCAAGCAAGAUCAGAUCCACGCCAGCAUCGUGUCCACCCUGCUGGCGCUCAUGGACGGACUGGACGACCGAGGAGAGAUUGUUGUCAUCGGCGCGACCAACCGCAUCGACGCCAUCGACCCGGCGCUGCGCCGACCUGGCAGGUUCGACAGGGAACUUCUCUUCCCUCUGCCUGGGAACAGGGAGAGGCAAGAGAUAUUGAAGAUCCACAUGAGUAAGUGGGAGAAGCCUCCUGCACCCAACGUCAUCUCUCACCUGGCAGAGAAGGCUGUGGGCUACUGUGGCUCGGACCUGCGGGCGCUGUGUUCUGAGGCUGUGAUACAGGCGCUGCGGCGACGGUACCCGCAGAUAUACAAGUCUAACCGCAAACUGCUGCUGGACCCUGACAAUGUCAAGGUAGAGAAGUGUGACUUUGAGGUGGCGCAGCGUGGGAUUGUCCCGGCGUCUCACCGUGUUGCGCCAGGUACUGGUCGUAAGCUGCCCAAGUAUCUGGAGCCUCUGUUGGGGGAGAGUGUUACCAUGUUGGCCACUCUGGUGAAGAACAUCUUCCAGCCUGGUUUUGUCAAGGCCAGCAAAAGCAUGAGGAUGGUCAAGUCGCCAAGGUUGCUAGUGCUAGGACAGCGCAAGGCCACUCUGUUGACCACUGCGGCUCUACUGCUGCGUAUGGAGGGGUGUCCUGUGUUUACCAUGGAUUUGGCCACCAUCUACUCCGAGUCAUCCAGGUCGCCAGAGGAAGCUAUUGUGCAGUUGCUAAAUGAAGUGCGCCGUAACAUUCCAUCCAUACUGUAUGUGCCGGGAAUCGCUGAGUUCUGGAAGACAGUGGGUCCAGCAGUCAGAGCAAUUUUCAAGUCUCUCCUGAGUCAGUUGGACCCUACUUUGCCGAUCUUCCUGUUAGCAACAGCUGUCAACCAAGUUCCUGACGAGUUAAGACCCAUGUUCAGUGCCUACCGCAAUGAGAUCUUCACCAUCAAGCCUCCCACUGCCAAACAGAAGGAGGAGUUCUUCCGACCACUGUUGCUGCAACGUGCAUUACUUCGGCCACCACCAGAGAAGAAAAAAGAGCCACUGGAGGAACUGCCUGAGGCCCCUCCCCCACCUCCCCCCAAGCUGAGCCAGCCGGAGCUGCGCAAGUUGUACGCCAAGGAGGAGCACAAGCUGCGCGAACUGCGUAUCUUUCUGCGGCAGAUCUGUAACAAGCUGGCUCGCAACAAGCAAUUUUUCAUGUUUUCACGACCUGUUGACAUCAAUGAAGUGCCUGACUACUUGACUAUCAUCAAGGAACCCAUGGACCUGGAGACUAUGAUGACCAAGAUAGAUCUUCAUAAGUACAACUGUGCUCAAGACUUCCUCAACGAUGUUGAACUCAUCUGUCGCAACGCUCUCGAAUACAAUCCUGACAGAGACCCAGCGGACAAGUUGAUACGUCACAGAGCGUGCUACUUGCGAGACACGGCCUACGCGUUGAUCAAGGCUGAAAUGGACUCUGACUUUGAGGACAUGUGCCGGGAGAUACGCAAGUCGAGAGUUGAGAGGGGAGCCAUUGUGGACGAGUUUGCUCCUGAGUUCAUCCAAACCGCAGCCAUGGAGUUUGUUGGCUAUUGUGUUGCCAAUGCAGAAAAACACAAGGAGGCUAGAGAAGGAAGGGAACCUAAGGAGAAGGUGGAACAACAGAAGAGGCUAGGCAGUGAAGGCAAUAAUCAUCAAUCUUCUGCUGCAAACAAUUCAAACGCUGUUUCUACUGAGGCAAACACCACUUCCCAGACUGGUUCUGCUACCACCAAGAAAAGUCUGACGAAACGGUCCCUAAUACAUGACCGGAAACGGAAGAAAAACUCCCUGUGGAGUAGAGGCAUAGCUAACAAGUCUGCUAGGAAACCAAAACUAUCACAAACCAGUACAUCUCCCUCGGACUCCAAGUCCAAGAGCCAGAAGGAGGAGGUGGGUGCCUCGUCUAUGGACGACACUAUCAACUCCGAACUGGACUCGCAGGCUCACAGUACACCUAUCAAAGGUGGCCGUAGGAGUCUGUCAGAUGCUGCUGGGACAGAAGAGAAUGAUGAAGAGCAGGACAUGAUGGUAAAUGGCAUCGAGGGUUCCAGCUCUGAAGAAGAAGAGGAAGAAGGAGGUGAAGAUCGACUGGGCAGUGGAAAGGAGAGUGGGAGCAACCACAACGAACCCAACUCCACAACAGACAACCACUCUCCAUCCAGUAAACAGAACAAAGGGGGAGGUAAGACGUUAGUAAUCAACAAGUCAGCCCUGACGCGGCUGCUACACGAGGCAGUCAAUGUCACACAACACGUCCACUCACUGGAGGUACACAUUGAUCUGUACGCCCAACUGCGCCAAGUCAUCUCGAGGUAUCACCGCUUGUGGAACCGGUCUAAACUACCUCAGGAGAUAGAAGCAGAGUUGAAGAGGUUUGCCUCAGAAAACAAGGAGGAAGUUUUGGAUCAUGAUGAAACUUUCAACACUAGCAGAGAAGAUGCUUCGGUUCUCUAACAGACAAAGUCUGGAUGGAGUAACCACUACACUGUGAUGAAACUCCGUCAUAAGCACUGAGAAGGCUCUUAGCACACAUCAUUUGUACACGGUUUUUAUUUAUUUAUACAUGUAGCAGGUACAGAGUAGUUACAUACGGGUUGUGUUAGUAGGGUAGCCGACUUUUUGUUACGCCUAAUGUUAAAACGUCAGGUGGAUUUCAGUUUUGGUCAUUUAGCACUGCCAUUUAUUUUUACUGUAUGUGAACGAAUUAAUUGUUACAGACUGUGCAUACUGGUUUAGGCCUAGUGUGUUGUUUGUUAUUUCUUUAAUAUUGUAACAAAAUUAGAUUGUUUGUAACGUUUUGAAUGUUUAAAUAAAUAAUGUUUGUGAAUCUAAGUUUUUAUAAGUAUUUUUGAAAUAUGUUAGGAACGCAUGAAUCAAAGAUGAUCUAGCAUGUGAUCGAUGAUCCUUGACAUUUAAUUCAAAGGAUUAAUUAUUUACGUAAACAAUGAAUGUUUCAAUAAGUUUAAAUACUUUAUAAUUGUGUUAAGUCUAAUAUCAAACGGAAUGACACAUUUGUGUUAGUGAUUUGACCAACUAAGCUUUUAUAAAUUUUUUGUCAACAAUUUUUACAAAACCCAUAUAAGAUGUGUCAGAAGUGUUAAUGUUUAAUUAGUGUUUUUAUUGUAAUUGUUAAUAUAUUUUAAUGAUUGCUCAAUUAAUUGUUCUGUGAUUCGUAUCUUUACAUGGUAUACAUUUGUUAAUUGUAUUCAAAUAAGCUUUUAUCCUUAAAAAUUAUAUUAUUUUUUUAUUUUUAUACUAGUAGCUAGAUUGCAACAGUCUUCCUUAUAUUUUAUGUAACUCAUCAAAUCUGAAAAUCCACCUGUAAGCUGGUUCUUGCCAAUGAAGUGUACUUAAACUCGAAGCAAUUAAUCGUGGUUCAUCGUUUGCUGGGCCUAAAAUGUUGAAUUUCCUGUAGAACGGAGAAAAUUCCAACAAGCUGAAUUAAUCAAAAUGCAGUAAAUAGGUAUUACAGUUACGUUUCUUGUUUUAGUUUUACGUUUAAGUUUACUUACAAAUAUACAAAUCUGAACCAAAUAAUUUAAACCAAACUAAAUUUCAUUUACGACUUAGGCCUAAGUCUUUUUAUGUAUUUUUACAUGUUCCCUUUGAUUAUCAACUACUGACAAUUCUGGUCUAAUGUGUAUUAAUAAUUUUCUGUUUACCAUAUUUACACUAGUUACCGCAGAAGUCUUGGAUUUUACCUUUUUUAAAUAGAUAAGGUUAUUUUGAGGAGUUUACUAUUCCCACUAUAAUAAUUCUGAUUUCAACAUUGAUUAACUAUCAGUGAAAGCUUUUAUGUUUAAUGUAAAUAUUUAAUUCUUACAUGUCUGUCCGCUAAUGCCGCAUUUUGGGUACUGUAUUGAUGUUAUAUUACAUUUAAAAGUCAUUGAUUUAAAAAUUGUCAACUGGUCAACAUUUUACUAGAAAUAAGCUUACUCUCUGAAAUAUGACCAAAAAAAUAUCAACAUGGAAUGUUUUCACGCCGUUCAGUUAUUUAUAAAAGUAAUUUAAAUCCGUUAGAAACAUUUUAUGAUUUGUGAUCAAAAUAUUAUAGGCCAUAAUUUUAUUUUGCAAAUGUCCUUAGUUUUUUUAACUUUUCUACGGUCUAGCCUUAGAUCUUGUAAUCUAAAUGUGAUAGUGUUUAAGAAUGUUGGAUCUAUGUGGUUCCUUGUUGCAAAAUUGUCUGUGUGAUUGUCUUUAGAGUUAUUUAGUUUUUAAGGAAAUGUCGAUGAAUGAUAUUUGAGAUAAAUGAAAAAUGCAAGCCAUCCUAGGGUUACCAAAACUUAUUAAAACUUUCUAGUAAUCAAAAUAUUUUUAUUCAUUUAAUUUGCAUUUUAAAUUAUUUAAACAGAAUAAAUUGUUAAACAUUUUUUAUAUUUUGGCUAUGCACAAAAACACAACUUUUAAAGACUGAAGAGGGCAUUGCAUUUUUAUAAAGUCUUUUCUAUUCUCUGUUAUGAGUGAAGUGUUGAUAAUUUUUACAACUGUGUAAUUAGUUUUUUUUUUAAUUCAACUACUGUAAAUAUACUAAUAGGCAUUCAUAGUCUUUAUUGAUGAAAUACACAUAUAUAUAAAAUAUAAAUGGUUAAAAUAAAAAUAUAUAUAUACAUACAUCCCCAAAAUGACUCUACUUUAGUUAUUUACAUCAUGCAAGAAUAUGUAUAUUACAUUUGUAUUACAAUGUCCUUAAGAAAGGGCAAGCCAGUUUAGAAUUGGAAAUAUAAUAAUAAACAAGUUGUUUUGA